AUGUCCAACGUUGCUGUUUUCUUCAUUUUGGCCUUUGCCACAACAGGGAUAUAUUGCUCUGACACAAAUGUACCGCCAGUCUUCCAAGAUAUAGCCAAAUCUUUAAGGGCGUCAUGUCUUACCGAAACUGGAGCUAAUGAAGAUGUUGUGAACGCUGUGUUUAAGGGCGAAUUUAGUACUGAUAAACAAAUGUGGUGUUAUUUCAAAUGCAUUUUAGAGAAAAUGGGAAGGCUAAAUGGUGAUACUAUUAACUUUAAGCUAUAUAUCGACGGUUUUCCAGAUGAUAUCAGAGAUAUUUAUGCGCCCAGCGUCAUCCAUUGCAAAGAUGCCCCAGUUGGUGCUGAUAUGUGCGAGACAGUUUUCCUGUUCAACAAAUGCUUGUAUGAGUAUGAUCCAAAGGUAUUUUUCAUCUUUUGAGAGCCUAUUUCUAUACACGUCUUGGAUAUUUCAAAUAUGGAUAUGAUUUACUUUAAAUUUAGUGUAGACAUUUUAUGCUUUUCUCUG